ACAGCUUUGAUUUGUAUUUAUUUCAGAAUAUUCAGAAUUUUUAUGUGCAUUUUCUAAGUAUUUUUUGUAAUAAAUAAAGCUCAAUAAAAUGGAGCUCCAAGAUAUCUAUUACAAUAAACAAGAGUACGUGGAAACGGCUUCUGGAAACAAAGUUAGCCGACAAACCGUGCUUUGCGGAUCGCAAAACAUAGUUUUACAUGGAAAAGUUAUUGUUCAAAGUGAUGCAAUCAUAAGAGGAGACUUGGCCAAUGUGAAAACUGGUAGAUUUUGUAUCAUCAGUAAAAAGUCUGUGAUACGACCUCCAUUCAAAAAAUUUAGUAAAGGUGUUGCCUUCUUUCCACUACAAAUGGGAGACCAUGUAUUUAUUGGUGAAAAUACAGUUGUCAAUGCUGCAGUGGUUGGUUCAUAUGUUUACAUCGGCAAAAAUGUAGUAAUUGGAAGACGGUGUAUCCUGAAAGACUGCUGUAUGAUAGAAGACAACUCAGUGCUGCCUGCCGAGACUGUUGUACCAUCAUUUGCAAGAUACUCGGGCAGUCCAGCACGCCUCAUCACAACCUUACCCGAAGCCAUGCCCGACCUCAUGACAGAGUUCACAAAGAACUAUUACCAACAUUUCCUUCCUACAACACCUAAGUAGAAAUGUAAUAAAUAAUUUAUGGAAAUAUAGAGUGAAGGAUGAUAUAUUGCUUAAAAGCACAUCAUUAUAAUGUGUAUGGAAAGAUUUGUACAAUCACUGCAUUUAGUUUUAUUGUUUUGCUAAAUUAUUACAAUACUUAAUUAUUUCAAGUAACUUUACUGAAGUAUUUGUAUUCUGUACUAAUACGUAUAAUAAUAGGUAUAUUAAAAGACUAAAGUAUUUUAUAGUUUUUUAUCCAAUAUGCUAAGUUUAAAAUAAUGAGCUACUUAUGUACAUUAAUGAUACUUACCAAGAUGAAUAAAAUUUUAAAACCCUA